AGUCUGCGCUGUGCAUGCUGGUUUAGCAGCAGAGUGACCCUGAGCUGGUCCCGGGCCCGUUCAUUCUACAAGGAGAGGCUGGAGCAUGUGGUAUGAAAUAUUGCCCGGUUUUGCCAUCAUGCUUGGCUGCCUGACGAUCCCUGGUCUUUCCACCGUAUAUAUUCACCGCUGGACCAACGGGGGCAAGGAGAAGAGGGUUGCCCGGUUACCAUACCAGUGGUACCUUAUGAAAAGGGAUGAAAGGGUUUCUGGAGAACAUCUCUAUUACAAAUCAAAGGGCUUGGAAAAUAUCGAUUAAGGAUCAAGCAUGACGGUUUCUACUGCAAAUGUCCAGAUUCCUUGUAUUCAAUAAAAUUAUGUUUAUGUACAGAUUUAAAAAAAAA